AUGGCCAAGUUAAUCCUGAGCACCGGGAACAUCGUCUCAGGCGGCCCCUCCAUCAUCCGCAAACCCGGCGCAUUCCGAUCCAAUCUUGAACUUACGAAUUCGCUGCGAAGCAACUUCCUUGCUGCGCAAGGAGACAAUGCGGUCGAAAUAGCCCAUGGUAACGGUGUCGCAAACGGUACCGGCAACGGCAGCGCUAAUGGUGUCAACCUCCACCUCGAGACCGGCGGGCGCCCGCCCACAUCGCUCUGGACGGCGGAGAAAGAUGGAGUAUUGUACGUGCCCGCAAUUGAUCAAGGAGACCAUGGCCUACAGGAGGAGCCUGCGCAAUACGACAUCACAGCCAAGCUCUUCUUUCUCCCUGGCGCGCCUGUGUCACAGCGGUCGCAAUAUGCAAAGGAAGCGCUGGAACACGUAUUGAGGGAGUUACGGGCUCCGUCUGUGGACCUGCUCAUCGUCUCCUUUCCGGGCAUGUCCUUCGAGGGCGACUGCGAGUGGGAAGCCGACAGGAAAAACGCAACCCAGGGCAGUGACGUGGAUGAAAUCGCGACGUGGCCGGCCGUUGAAGAACUUCAUCGUGCUGGGCUCGCAAAACGACUUGGCCUGGCCGAAUUCGGCAGCGAGAAGCUUUCUCACUUUCUCCAGGAGGUCCAAAUUCGGCCCGCGGUCAACCAGAUCAACCUCAAGAACUGUUGUAAUGUCCCGCCGCCGCUGGCGAAGCUGGCAAAGGAACAGAAUAUCGAUCUGUUAGUACACAGCGACUGCACCGAUAUCCUUCCCAAGGGGACGUUGAGGGAGCUUCUUGGACAAGGCCUAGGUGGGGCCGGACUGCUCGCCGACCCGGGGACGGGCGCCGGCGGGCUGCAGGGAGAUCUCACCCCGGAAUGGGUGAUAAAGUACACGGCUGUCGUCCGGGACCGGGGAGUAAUUGAGAACAAGGGCUACUUUGCAGGCGCCCAACUGGUAAACGAAUAA